GCCCACAAUGGCCACCAUGUUCCGUCACUUCUCCUUCGACCCCGUCCCCCGCCCGGCCCACGCCGCGUACGAGGCCGAGCGGGCGGCCAUGAACGUCUCGCCUACAUCGCCCGCCUUGCUUCCACACCACCCAAGCCGCCCGCCCACGCCGCCCUGCACCAUGGGCGACCUCGCCCUCCAGCUCAACCACCAGACUCUCCGCAUCGACUCCCCUGUCGCCUGUCGCUCCACGCGUCCUCCCACGCCCGACAGCGACUGCGGCAGCGACAGCGACAGCGACAGCGACAGGAGCCCAUUGCCCACCACCGAAUGCGUCCAGGAACAGCCGCGCCCCACCUACUCGCGCAUCUCAGCCUCAAUCCUGCGCAUGCAGCGCCAGCACACGUCGCGCAUGCAGUGCACCUCCUCGCACGCCCGCGACAUUUCCAAGCUGGUCCAGAUGAUCGAGGCUGAGAAGCAGUGCACCGUCAGCCCCCCGUCCUCGUCGACAUGUCCGCCCACCGCCGCCUCUGCCCGUGACGAGGCUGUCGACAUGGACUACGACCUCCCCGCCAAACGCAUCGAGGCAACCAUCGCCACCUCAAUGUGGAGGGCAUCUGAUCGCCGAGAGAGCAGCGUCCGCGUCACAAAGACGGUGCGCAUGCGCAAGCGUUCUCGAGAGAACGCCGUGUGCAAGUAGUCGGCCUCAAAGUCGACCCUGUUUCUGCAUUUCUUUGCAUGCAUAGCCAAGGCGUUUUGGGUUUUUUUGUUUCACAUAACAGGCGCGAUAUACCACUUGAUCUUUGUUGGAACAACCAUGGGUAUUAGCCCAUGAGGCUGCGUCACAAGACGGGCUUAGCGAUACGAGUACACGGUACUACUCGUUCUACACACAUACAUCUAUUGCUUCUCUGAAAUGCUCCCUGCGGGUUGAGCUGGGCGCUGUAGGAUGCGACGAGCCGAGGGCCGUUGCUGCGCUACAUCAUGUACUUAAUUCCAUUGCAUCAUCGCACAACAUACAUUGCUU